GGAGGAUCCGUUUCCGCAACCGCAACCCAGUCCCCUUAUCCUGAAAACUACUCCUCCUCUCUCGUCUCUAAACCCCCGGGCAGCGGACAAACAAGCACACAGCACGAGCGAAGAGACGCAGCCAUGGCGAUGGCUCCACCGCCUGCCUGCUCGCUCUUCCCCCGGGUCGCCGCUGCUGCGCCCAGUUCCGUCACCUCCAACUCCGUUUUGACCUCGCGUGGCCCCGGUAUCCUUCCUUCCCCGCGUCUCGCUUUCGCCCGCCGCCACCUCUCCGCGGCAUGGUCAUCGAAGGCAGCAGCCUCCGCUUCUGUCGAAAUCCAGGAUGACUACACGGAUGAGAUGGACGCGGUGAACAUUGCGCAGGAUGUCACCCAGCUCAUUGGAAAAACACCAAUGGUGUAUCUCAAUAGAGUUGCUGACGGAUGUGUGGCUAAUAUCGCUGCAAAGCUCGAGUACAUGGGACCUUGCCGAAGUGUCAAAGAUAGGAUUGGAUUAAGCAUGAUUAAUGAUGCUGAAGAGAAGGGAUUAAUUUCUCCAGACAAGACCAUUUUGGUAGAACCAACAACUGGAAAUACUGGUGUAGCCAUUGCUUCUGUGGCUGCAGCAAGAGGAUACAAGUUGAUAGCAACAAUGCCUUCAUCGUUAGAUGUCGAGAGACGCAUUCUUCUGCGUGCAUUCGGAGCAGAGAUUGUGUUAACUGAUCCUACCAAAGGACUAAAAGGAGCUUUUGAUAAAGCUGAGGAAAUAGUCCUGAGAACACCAAAUGCGUAUAUGUUUCAGCAGUUCAACAAUGAGGCAAAUAGUGAGAUCCACUUUCAAACCACAGGCCCAGAAAUAUGGGAAGACACGUUGGGUUCUGUUGAUAUACUUGUUGCAAGCAUAGGAACAGGCGGUACCAUUAGUGGCACUGGGCGUUACUUGAAAAGGAUGAACAAAGAUAUUAAGGUUAUUGGGGUAGAACCUGCUGAAACUAGUGUGAUUUCUGGUGAUAGCCCUGGUUACAUUCCAAGUAUAUUAGAUGUGCAGUUGAUUGAUGAGGUUGUGAAGGUUAGCACAGCAGAAGCCGUUGAUUCUGCAAGGGAACUUGCUCUAAAAGAGGGCCUGCUGGUUGGUAUUUCCUCUGGUGCUGCAGCGAUUGCUGCUAUCAAUGUUGGCAAAAGACCUGAAAAUGCUGGAAAGUUGAUUGCGGUCAUUUUCCCCAGCUUUGGAGAGAGAUACAUCUCCACCAUUCUGUUCCGUCCGAUAUAUGACUCUGUUCGAAGAAUGAGGAAGAGAUAGCGAGCCUUGUACUACUUCAAGCGCGUUGCCAGUCCCCUUCUCUAGACCUGACAGGCUUCCAUGACAUGAUUGAUAAACGUGAAGCAGUGAAGACCCUGUUUGAUUGCAACUUCAGGGUCCGAAGUUUUGAAGCUGCACAGAGUUUCUAUCAGGUGAGCUGCAGGCCUGCAGCUUGGUUCUAGCAAGACUGGAGGAGUGCCUCAUGUUUAGACCAGCUCAUACAAUCCUGGUGCAACAUGCAGAAUUGCGUGCCGCAGUUAGCUUGGGCCUUUCGUUUAGUAGUCUAGGACCGGGUACAAACCGCUUGUUACCUGGUACGCACUUGAGCUGAUUUUAGCGACCAACUAUCUGCAAAUUCUUUUUGCCUUCCGAAUUUUGAUUGUUUCAUCUUUUAUCUGGCGUCUGCUUUACUAACUAGUUUUUUGCGGAA